AUGCAGGCGUAUAAAGGCAGAGCUGGCUUGCCUCCUGGGGCUCAGUCUGCGGCUGGCACAGCUGGAUUUAGCUGCCGCAUGAAAGAGGAGUUCCAUAGCCAGGGCGGCCCAGCCAUUCCAUUGCCCACCAUGCAGCAGAACCUGAAUUAUGUCUAUCCCCAGAUCUUCUGGGUGGACAGCUGUGCCAGUCCCACUUGCACUUCAUCAGCGCCCAUUGCCACCUGCCCGCCGCCCGUGCCAGAGAGGAGGAGGAGAAAACAGAGCAACAAGAGGGAUGGCACAUGCCUCUGUUUCUUGGUGGUGUUUUUGCUGGUCCUGCUGGCCCUCGCUGGAGUGGGGCUGGGGAUGUUUCAAAUUGUCCAGCUGCAGAAGGAACUGGCUGAGCUCCGAGAGUUAACCAGCACCGGACAUGUUUCUUCCUCUAUGGAGAAGCGCAUAGGACUUCUAAAUGUAACAGCAGAGAAGAAGGUGAUCAGGAAGGCAGCACAUUUAACAGGCAAAGCUGAUCAGAAAGCCCUGACUCUGGAAUGGGUGGCCACCCUUGGGCACGCCUUCACCUCCCACAUUCAGUACAGACACCGCAGCCUGGUGAUCAAUGAAACAGGCCUGUACUUUGUCUACUCCAAGGUAUUCUUCCGAGGCAAGAUCUGCAACAACCUGCCCCUAGACCACAUAGUUUUCAAACAAAAUCCAGCCUACCCAGCUAGCCAGGUGCUGAUGGAGGACAGAAAGAUGAACUACUGUGCGGCUGGAAAGAUGUGGGCCAGGGGCAGCUACCUGGGGGCAUUGUUCAACCUCACCAAAUCAGACAGCUUGUAUGUCAACGUCUCCGAAACAGCCCUGGUUAAUUUUGAGGAAUCAAAGACGUUUUUUGGUUUAUAUAAACUUUAGAGCUGGCCACCAAAGCGUUGCUCUCAGCAAAUACGCGCUCAGGACUGAUACUAACAUGAGUUGGGUACUGUACGGUAUAAGAAAUAUUCUGUCCAUAGGACUAGUCUAAUACUGUGCUGGGCUAGCAAGGAUCUAGCUGGAAGAUGCCCACCGGGCAUCCCUUGUUUGCCCUUU